AAAUACAGCUGCGCGGCUGGCGGGGCGAGAGCGUAGAGGAGGUGCGCUUGCGAGUGUGUGUGGCGGUGGGGAAGCCUCCGGGUAGGGGAGCGCGGCGGCGGCGGCGGUAGCGGCGAUAGCAGCAGCGGCCGGGCUGUAGUCAGAGCUCCGAAGGGAGUGACGAGGGAACUCGGUGGGCUGCUUUCCUCCGCUGCUCUUGAUUUUUCUUGCCUUUUGGUCCCGGCCGAGUGUCGCCCACUGAGCAGAGAUCCCCUCGCAAAACCCGGAGCGACCCUGCCGUCAAUUCUUGGGCGCGGGAUCGCCGGGAGCUUCGCGGUGCCCCGAGCGCGGACCGAGCGCGCCGGGCGCGAAGGCAAGGGGAGCGGAGCCGGCCGCGGGCGGGGGCCCGGAGCUUGCCUGCCUCCCUCGCUCGCCCCAGCGGGUCCGCUCGCGCAGGGCGCAGGGCGCGCGCGAUGAAGGCGGUGAGCCCGGUGCGCCCCUCCGGCCGCAAGGCGCCGUCGGGCUGCGGCGGUGGGGAGCUGGCUCUGCGCUGCCUGGCCGAGCACGGCCACAGCCUGGGUGGCUCGGCGGCCGCGGCGGCCGCGGCGGCGGCAGCGCGCUGCAAGGCGGCGGAGGCGGCGGCCGACGAGCCGGCGCUGUGCCUGCAGUGCGAUAUGAACGACUGCUACAGCCGCCUGCGGAGGCUGGUGCCCACCAUCCCGCCCAACAAGAAAGUCAGCAAAGUGGAGAUCCUGCAGCACGUUAUCGACUACAUCCUGGACCUGCAGCUGGCGCUGGAGACGCACCCGGCUCUGCUGAGGCAGCCGCCACCGCCGGCGCCACCGCACCACCCAGCCGGGACCUGUCCGGCAGCGCCGCCGCGGACCCCGCUCACGGCGCUCAACACCGACCCGGCCGGCGCGGUGAACAAGCAGGGCGACAGCAUUCUGUGCCGCUGAGCCGCGCUGUCCAGGUGUGCGGCCGCCUGAGCCCGAGCCAGGAGCACUAGAAAGGGAGGGGGAAAGAGCAGAAGUUAGAGAAAAAGCCACCCGAGGAAAGGAGGGGAAAAAAAAAAUCAGCAAAUUCUAGAAACGAUUCAUUCGUCAUUCCGAGAGAGAGAGAGAGAGAGAGAGAGAGGGAAAAGAAAAAUACAACUUUCAUCCUUUUUUUUUUUGCACGUU